AUGGCGACUUCACGACGAUUGGCACUGCACGUCGUCUCAGAGACCGCUCCACCUUCCACGGGGAGACGGCAAUGCUGGGAAUGUCAACGGCGUCGCGUGGUCUGCGACUCGGUUCGUCCCGUAUGCGGUAAAUGCAAGGCCACUGGCGUCGUGUGUCCCGGCUACGAGGACAAGAAGCCGUUGACGUGGCUGGCUCCCGGCAAGGUCAAGACUCGCACGUGGAAACGGAAGAAGCCUGCCGAGAAGAAAGUAUUGCCAAGUGACAGCUCGAAAGAGGUCGCUGGCGCCGAUUCCAUGGUACUUGCACGUACCAGCAACCAGCUCAUGCACGUCUUUCCAGGGUUUGAGUUCCGGACGGAGACCGACGACAUCGUUGAGGCGACUCUGUACUGGAACGAAUCGGUACUUCCAUCAUUCCAGAACGCCCAGCUGACGUCCAGCCCAUGGGUCGUACCGGCUCAAUACGUCUGCUACAUGCCAAAAGCGACACUGCAUGCACUCGUGUCCAUGGCCAUCGAGCACCGCAUGAUUCGGCUCGCACGGAAGAAGACCGAUCCGUACAUGGUCGAAAUUGGGGCCCGUUUCCAUCAACAUAGACAGACGGCGAUAGAGGCGUUGAAGAAAGAUCUCAGCAACGAAAAGAUUCGCACUUCCCGUCAGACUAUAGCUAGCGUGCUGGUCUUUAUGUAUGCAGAUUUGAUGGGUGCUUCAACCGCCUCGAGCUGGCACCACCAUAUGAACGGCCUCAAAAGUUUAGUGGAUAUGAUUGGCGGGUUGGAGGCUGCGUAUCGCAACGACCCGUUUAUUCAUCCGUUGCUCCUCUUCCCCAAAAUUCUCGAAACCUUUGCAAACUCGACAAGCCCAGCAGAUAAUCUGUUGGGGCCACUUGACACCUACAACUCCAUAGAAACCGUCGGAGUGCUCUUUGAGACGGGAUACUAUCCUUGUCUUCCAUGCCCCGUCGACUUAUUCUGCGACAUCAUCCGCAUCAACCGUCUUCGACACCUGAUAGCCACCAACACCCUCACUGAAGACAUUGGUACUUCACAAUCCUUAGCAGAGGACUUGUUAGAGCGCAUCAUCGAAUUUUCGCCCGAGGCUUGGUCCGAGACCCGAAAGGACUCCAAGAAAGAAUUUCUCCUCAUGGGCCAGGCCUACCAAUCUGCCGUCACGGUGUAUGCCAUCUCGUCGCUGCAAGGUCUCAAGGCGCUGCCUUCCUCAGCUGGAUGGAGAGCGGUGCGGACAAUCCACUAUGGGCGCCUUAUUAAGCUGCUUGAGACUGCUUCCAAGGAUUAUCUUAUGAAGAACUGUGUCCUGUGGCCGCUUAUCGUGGCCGGCUUUGAAGCGUCGACCGGCAGUGUUGACAUGAGAACGUUUGUGGUGGAUCAGCUGGUAGCUAUGAGUCGGGACUUGGGGGUUUGUACAAUGUUGAGAGCUGUUGAGGUGUUGGAGAGGUUUUGGGCUUCGGGAAAAAGUACUUGGGACGAGUGUUUUGACAGCCCUACCAUCGUGGUGGUGUAG